AUGUGCAUGCAGCACACCAUUCAACCGCGUCUAGUGAAUGCCAUUGAUCUGCUGAUGACAGUACAAAAAAUGUUGAAGCUGGUAGCCUUGGUAGUUGUUAGCUCGGCCAUAGCCCAGGCCACAUAUUUUAAGGGCGGCAAAAAAGGAGGCUGGGGCGGAAACGUCGGUUAUGGCGGCUAUGGUGGUUAUGGCGGUGGCAGAGGCUACGGUGGAUACAUGAGCUAUGGAGGUUACGGAGGCGGAAAAGGUGGUUACGGAGGUUACGGAGGCGGCAAAGGAGGUAAAGGUGGAUACAUAAGCUACGGAGGUUAUGGAGGCGGCAGAGGUGGCUACGGAGGUUACGGAGGCGGCAAAGGAGGCUGGGGUGGAAACAUGGGUUAUGGCAGUUAUGUUGGUUUCGGCGGCGGCAAAGGAGGCUUUGGCGGAAACAUCGGUUAUGGUAGCUAUGGUGGUUAUGGCGGCGGCAAAGGAGGAUUUGGCGGAAACAUUGGUUAUGGUAGCUAUGGUGGUUAUGGCGGCGGCAAAGGAGGCUGGGGUGGAAACAUUGGCUAUGGCAGCUAUGGUGGUUAUGGCGGCGGCAAAGGAGGAUUUGGCGGAAACAUUGGUUAUGGUAGCUAUGGUGGUUAUGGCGGUGGCAAAGGCUACGGUGGAUACAUGAACUAUGGAGGUUACGGAGGCGGAAAAGGUGGUUAUGGAAACAUUGGUUAUGGUAACUAUGGUGGUUACGGCGGCGGCAAAGGAGGCUUUGGCGGAAACAUUGGUUAUGGUAGCUAUGGUGGUUAUGGCGGCGGCAAAGGAGGAUUUGGCGGAAACAUUGGUUAUGGUAGCUAUGGUGGUUAUGGCGGCGGCAAAGGAGGCUGGGGUGGAAACAUUGGUUUUGGAAAGAAACCACGAUCCUAUUAA